AUGGUGCGUUUUCCUUGGUCAGGGGCAUGCUUUGCCUGUAGAGUGCGGCGCAAAGGGUGCGAUGAACGACGUCCCGACUGCUCGCAAUGCAAGAAGCGAGGCGUUGUCUGCCCAGGAUAUGACAAGGACAAGAAUCCGAGCGUUGUCAGAUUCGAUCCAAGCCGUAACGUAAUCCUUCCGCCACAGAGUCAAAGAGACAACGAGUCGUCUGCCAGCCAUUCUACUUCCCAUCAAGCACCGGUGCUGGUUCUGGCGCCCGUUCGCCUUUCACCCCCAUCGCUGCCGCGGUCAUGCAACGAAACAGCGUUCCGACUGCAGGCUUGCGGCCUUUUCCUUGCGGCGUACCUUCCACGUCAUUCACAGGAAUGGCCAAGGCUGGAGACUGAUCUGUCGGUCGCACCGGCGACGGGGUGGCUCCGGUAUGCGGUCGAAGUGGCGACAGGGGAUGGCCUUCUCAACGAUGCACUAUCCGCGCUGAGCGUGGCUCAUCUUGAACGCCUUGAGAAGAGACAGAAUAGCUAUCGCAGCUCAGAGUUGUACAGUAAAUCCGUGAGAGAGCUUGCCAGGAGGAUCCAGAGCGCUGACGCCCAGUGUCUUAGUGAUACUACCCUGGCUGGCGUCAUGGCACUGACCACCUACGAGGUGCAGACAGGUACGACGACGAAAGCGAAGAGCUGGCUCUUCCAUGUCGAGGGCGCCGCUUCUCUCGUGCAAUUUCGAGGACAAGGAAACUUCGCAACCAAGUUCGGCGAGCAUCUCUUCCUGAGCUCACAGUUGAAUGAUCUUGUUCGCGCCAUCGCGCGGCGAAGAAGGAUUCCAGGCCGGGUGGACUGGUCCAAGAUUCAUUACCGCUGUGAGAAGCCUUCCUCCAUCCGGCUGUUCGACAUUCUCCAAGAGCUGCCAAUCCUCAUGGAACACGCGGACGCCAUCAAAUCCAGCAAAGAGGGACACAUGGACGAGGACAUUCCUAAGCACAUGCUGGCCUGGGGUGCUCGCGCUCGGGCGUUCGAAGUUCGGUUACACGAAUGGUACGCGCGGCUCGAGCACCACCAGGCCAGGCAGCGCGAUCCCUUGCUGUUCUGGCCCUCGCGAUCCACGUUGUACCAGCGGAUACCGAAGCGUCAUGCUGGCCGCGUCUUUCGUCAUUUCUUCUGCUUUCCCAACAUCGCCGUCGCGGAGCAGAUCGUUCUCUACUGGGCCGCACUUCUGUUCAUCCCGCGACUGCUCGACCAUACAAGGGAUCGGCUGAGAAGACGCGGCGAAUGGCCCCGGGAGCCACGGUCCCCUCUCAAUUCGAACCUCCGUGGUUUCACAUCCGUCACCACCGACCCGGUUGAGAUGGCCACCAACAUCGCACAAUCUCUCGAGUACUUCCUGCACCCCGACGCAGGGUUGAUGGAACUGAACGCGAUCGCAUUCCCCAUGAACAUUACUCUGGCGACUUUCGUGUCAUUGCGAAUCAAGGGACUUCCGUGGUUCCGAGUCAUUCGUUCUAGGUUGUGCGAAAUCAAUACGGGGGUCGGGGAUUUCCUGGAAGAGAUGCUGCAUGAGGGAGGAGGCAUGAAGGCGUUGCGACUGCUGAUCCCUAAAGUCGCGGACGGAGAGUCUCACAAUGGGAGUCUAGAAGAUGUUGCUGCAACCGCUUCCGCAGAAGCGGUGGAUUGUGCAGUCACUGAUGCUUCCAUGCAUGGUUCGCAGCGGCCGCCCAGGACGGACGCCCGGUACGACGAGUCAGCGCAGGCACUGGGGAGCUGA